GCCAAGCUUAACAUAUACAAACCAAAAACAAAACCUCUCUCUCUCUCUCUCUCUCCUCUCUGCAAAAUUCAAUUCCUCUGAAAAACCCAACCUUCCCGUUCCUUCCUUCCCAAUUCUCGUUAAUGGCUUCGGACAUGGAUCUUAACGCUCCUCACUCCAUGGGUACCACCAUCAUUGGCGUCACUUACAACGGCGGCGUCGUUCUCGGUGCCGACUCUCGAACCAGCACUGGAGUGUAUGUGGCCAAUCGUGCCUCCGAUAAAAUCACCCAGCUCACCGAUAAUGUCUACGUGUGUCGCUCUGGAUCGGCUGCGGAUUCUCAGGUUGUUUCUGACUAUGUGCGCUACUUCCUUCAUCAACACACCAUACAGCUUGGGCAACCUGCAACUGUCAAAGUUUGUGCCAACCUCGUCAGGCUACUGUCUUAUGGCAACAAGAAUAUGCUAGAAACUGGGUUGAUUGUUGGUGGGUGGGACAAGUACGAAGGCGGUAAGAUUUAUGGAAUUCCUCUUGGUGGCACACUGCUAGAGCUGCCCUUUACCAUUGGAGGGUCUGGGUCCAGCUACUUGUAUGGAUUUUUCGAUCAAGCAUGGAAAGAAGGAAUGACCAAAGAUGAAGCAGAGCAAUUAGUGGUCAAAGCCGUGUCUCUCGCCAUUGCACGAGAUGGUGCCAGUGGGGGUGUUGUCCGCACUGUAGUUAUAAAUUCUGAGGGAGUGACCCGAAACUACUACCCUGGUGACAAGCUUCCACUCUGGCACGAGGAGUUGGAGCCUCAGAAUUCAUUGUUGGAUAUCUUGAACACCGCGAUUCCCGAGCCUAUGAACAUACAAUGAAGAUCUUGCUCUACUGAUAGGAGUCUGGCAACUGUUUAUUAGUUUUUCUUUAACUCCAAACUCUGUUUACAAUGAGGAAUAGGGUGUUCAACUCCAUCUUGGGAGAUUUUCUCAUCUUUUGUGAUUUAGUUGUUGUAUGUUUGGUUCAAUCAACAAAUGCUUAGAUUCUAGUUAUUGUGGCUUGUGCA